AUGGAGCUCUACGCGGGCGAGGAGUACUGCGGCACCGGGCGCGGGCGGGCCCGCCGCGCCGCGCGCCCGCCAGGCGAAACUGAAAAGGUUACUUUAUACAGGAAGUAUGUCAAGCUGGAAUGCCCUGCAACCUCCUGUAGAAUUAAGCUGCUCUCCAUUGAUGAGAAACAAAGAGUACUCAUCAGUAAAAUAAYAGUAGAAGUGAAAACAGUGUCUGCAAAACUAGCAACUGAUUUUCCUUCACUAGGAGCCAGCAUAGAUCUAAACAGAGUGCAAACUAUAAUGGAGUCCAUGGGGUCAAAGCUGUCUCCAGGUGCUCAGCAGCUCAUGGACAUGGUCCGAUUUCAGCAGAAAAAUAGUUUACCUCUUGGAGACAAACUUAACAGGAUCUUUGAGAAAAAUUCUCACUUCGAAGAUGAACAUCAAGUAGAUGGUUUGCAUGGUGCAGCUGUUCAGACAUCACUAGAUCUGCCAUCUGCUGAACCUUUGCCUGAUACAAACUGUUCAUCAAGUGAAGCACUGUAUGAAGACUUAAAMACAAGUCUCAACCAAAACACACAGAUACCUAAAAGAGAGAACAGUUCUGAUCCUGGAAGAGUUGCUGCUCAGCAAAAUAUGUUGGACCCUARAAAUGAUUUUAAAAUAAUGAAAUCUUUGCUUAUGCAGCAGCAAACAAGUGAAAAUCCAAAUAUAACAAAUCCCGGGGACCUUCUUCCUUAUCUUCAAAAUUUGUGUCGUCAAGUAAAUCAUCUUCGGCUAAAAGAUGGAAAUAGACGCUAUGAGAAAAGUGUUGCGACUAAAGAAGAAAGUAUUCAGAGUGUUGGAGUGGAACAACAACCUAUUUGUUCCUAUUUGGAAAAGAUCAUCUCAAAAAAUAUGGAUCUGAUGGAGAAAAAACUAAUGGACUAUAUUGAUCGCCAAAUCCAGAGUCUUCAGACACAUAUAGAUAACAAAAUGGUUCUGUUAAUGGACUUGGUUCAGAACUCAAAGUCAAACAAAAUUACACAAACACACUAUGAUACUGGUGAGGGUUUCUCAAAUGGAGAGAGAUAGAUGUGUGUUGCUAUAGGACUUCAAUGUAAGUAUUUUUCCAAGGGCAGUUAAAUACUAGACUUUGUAAAGUAUAUGUAACUAGAACUGUAUAGAACCUCAGUGUUACAUUUGUUACUGUAAUUCUAUCCACUACUGUACACAGUUGUUAGUUCUCUGAAAGWUCUUAAGAACGUAUGUUUUUCCUAAAUAUAAGAAUUUUGUAUGCCCUUUGUGGCUUAUUUAUUGAAAGAGACAGUAAAAGCCAUGUGAAAUACAGUAUCCCAGGUUCAA